AAUUGUCAAUUUUGACAGUUCGAUCUUGGAUGAAAAUUAUCCAACAAUAAUAAUUAACAAUGUGGUACGAAAUUUUGCCCAGUUUUGGCAUUAUUAUGGUUGCAAUGACCCUUCCACAUGCCUCUGCCUAUUUAAUAAACAAGGGUGUCGUAGGAAAUUAUUAUCGUAGAUCACUUUUGCACAAGGAGAAUAGAUUACACUACCUCAGAGAUACAAGAAUUUCAGGGGAUCCCUAUAAAGUUGUUGGUCUCGAGGCUAUUCCAGAUGCGUAAAUAGAGAAAUUGUAAAAAAUAUUGUUAAUAUAAUAAAUUAGUGUUUAAUA